UAGUUCAGUUCUGCCAGAAGACUGGCGUCGGGGAAUGAUAAUACCAGUGCAUAAAAGUGGUGGCACUCAUUCACGGUUGAACUAUAGACCAAUCUCCAUUACCAGCGUCCCCUGCAAAAUCAUGGAACACAUUAUAUAUUCGUAGGUAAUCAACUUCCUAGAGUCAAAUGCUUACUUUUCCCCCUGCCAGCAUGGCUUCCGUAAAAAUUUCUCGUGUGAAACACAACUAGCUCGUUUUAUCCACGACCUCCACUCGAAUAUGGACAGUUCUACUCAAACAGAUGCCGUGUUCCUGGACUUUGGUAAAGCCUUUGAUUCUGUACCGCACGCUAGAUUAAUGGUAAAACUCUCACAACUAGGCCUUGAUGCACAUGUUCUCUCCUGGAUUCAUAUGUUCUUAACUGACCGCCUCCAGUCCACUUUCGUGAACAACCAUUCCUCGUCCUUUUGUCACGUAUCAUCUGGUGUCCCCCAUGCAGGGUAUGGCCUUUGGGGUAUGUGAAUAAAUAAAUAAAUAUUGCUUGUCUAGUGAAGCCUUAUUUGCUGUGAAAUAAUUCUGCAAUUUAGUUUAUCGCGUAGGCACAGAAAGAAUUUCGUCGCAAGCUUUGUAUUUGACGAUCGUACACUCUAAAUCUGGUAACUUUUAGCGUUACUUUCAAAACGCCGUAACGUAUACUUCAAAAGAUACGCCUCUAUUUUUUAAAAGUUACAACCCAAAUCCGCUGCCCUAUAUGUGACAUGCAGGGUUACAGUUCGGAAAUAUAUUGGUGACGCGGACAAAGUAACCGAUAGAUUUCCUGUCCCCGUAAUUUAGAAGUAACGGCGAUGUAACUUCUAAGAUUUCUCUCGCCCCUCGGCAUCACGCCAUCGCCGGUUAGCGCCCCACUGGUCUCACGUGCGUCCCCCUCUCCCUCGUUUUGUCCCUGUCGGUGGCCCUCUGGACCCCGCGUCCGAACGGCGAGCCGGUUGGAGUGAAGUUGUUUGUGAAUACUUGACCAGUAAUCACGUGCUAACAAGUGGUUAGUUCGACGGCGACCGUGUUCGUUUUCCUUCAUGACAGCCAGAAGAGGUAAGUGCCCGUGUACAGCGCUGUGCCCAUCUGGCAUACUUGACGCAAAUUGUCAAAUUGUUUCAGGAAGCCAUGCCGUUGGAAAAUCAUGAUCUCCUGGGCGUUCGGCGUGGGAAUUGCAAGGAGAACGACUGCUUUUGUCCAAACUACGUUACCGAGGUUGACGAUAGCGGAAAGCCCAAACGGGUACUCUGCUGUUAUUGUGAUCAUGCGCCGGGAAAGCACGCUGCACUCUCCGAAAUUGCCACAAGUCAAGUUCAGGAAGGCACGUCACCCACCAUGCCCUUGAACAAUGAAGUCGACGCAAUGGCUGAUCACUGGGAGGACAUUGAUCCCCUUGAUGACGAGCAUAGUGAUGAGGCUGAAUCAGGAAGGGCCGCCCCUCCGGAGGUGUCUGGGGAGUGUAGCCGAGAAGGAACAGUGUGGACACCAGACGCCCUCCCGGCCUUUUCUACGUACCUGAGCCCACUGCUCGAAGGCAGAGAUAUGUCCAAAGAGCAACACGCACACCAGUGCCUCCAGUUGCGACAUGAGCUUAUUCAGCACCUAAACAAGUAUAACUUGAUAACAGAAGGAAGCAAGGCACGAAUUCGUUGGAAAUAUAACUCGCUUGGAGCAGCACUGGCAAAUGCGUAUCCGUAUAUGAUGUGGGAAACAGCCGAUGGGCGGUCCUAUAAACGAUGUCGUUUUGCUUGGUCACUUUUUAUCCGUCGACUGAGUUCGUUGAGGAAACAAAGACGAUACAGACAGAAGCGGAAGGUCGGCACGCCAGCGCAGCCUCAAGCUGACCCCGUCCCACCAAGCAAUCCCGUGUCACUAAAUGAUGCUGUCGCAGAGCUCGAGGUGAUUCAGGUGAACGAUAAUCUAAGCAUGACCAGGAUGCGAGAAAUUCUGGCUAUAACACUCAGUACCAGAAAAGAAAAACCAGAAGACAACCUUCCGCCAUACUUGCUACGUGAGGACACGCUAACAAUCGAAGCUGAAUUAAGAUUUGCAGCAAGCAUAGAAAAUCUUGAGCUUACCCUUCGUUCCAUCAAGAAUAUCUUUAUGGAGAUUACCGGCGAAGUACCAUGUUAUAUCGCCGUCGAGGAGUAUUUGCGGUCUAGACACGCUGGUCACAAGCUUGUUGUACAGUCUUCAAGAGCACAGUCUCCGAGUCCCCCAGGCCCAACAAUGUACUUCUACGUGUCGGACAAGUCCUUGUACUGCGGACGUGAAGGCGAAGUUAUUCGACUGAACUCUUCGUGCACGCUAGAGAAGGCCCUAGUGUUGUGCCUUGUUGUCUAUUACGUAAAGGACUGGUCUUACCCCAUGGCUUAUGGACAACUGUUGCUACUUUUGCAGAGGGCAUUAGCCAAAGACAGCCCCCCUAAAGGAUGCAUGAAUGCCAAGCUUAAAGAACUGAUCACGCGUCUGGAGAAGAAGCGCAUCUUGUAG